AUGGAAGGCUGUGCCUUCGGGGGCAAUGUCAAAGCGUUGACCUGGUUUAAUGUGCUAUGUGGCUCUUUGCUUUUAGUUUCCUGUUUUGCUGUGAGGAUCAAGGAAAAGGGGCAGGAUGUUAUCUACCUUCCCAAAGGGGAGUCGGUCAAGCUGGGGUGCCCAUUUGCAUCAGACCCAGAAGACGACACUCCGGACAAUGGCUGGGACAUUGAAUGGAAGCAAGUGAAGCCAGGUCCACAUCCCCAGGAUUAUCCGCUCCUGAGUUACCACGAUAACCGUGUCAUCUACCCUGGACCUCCUGAUCUCCAGCAGAGGGUGGGUUUCAUCUCUCCAGAUCCCAGCCUGUAUGAUGCCUCCAUGCAACUGCGUGACGUGCAGAUCACUGACUCAGCCACAUACGAGUGCAAGGUGAAGAAGACCACAGAAGCCAGCCACAAAGUGACCAUCACUGUACAAGAAAGACCCCUACUCCCGCAAUGCUCGAUAAUCGGUAAUGUAGCCUAUGGGGCGGAUGUCACGCUGCGCUGCUUCACUUCCACGGGCUCACCACCCCUCACCUACCAGUGGUCCAUGACGCACGGACAUCAAUUCAGGGACUGGAUGCCCCCCGGAGGAUCAAUGGGCUCUGUUCCUGGAGACCUCCACAUCAGGGAUUUGUGCGAAGACCAUGUGGGUACCUACCAGUGCAGUGUGCGGAAUAACGUUGGCGUGGCCUAUUGCUCCGUGGACAUCUACUUUGGCGGAGGUUACCAAAGAGGUUUGAUCAUUGCGGGAUCCGUCAUCAUCCCCCUCCUGGCCCUGGCCCUGAUCAUUGGGGGGAUCAUCUGGUGCUGUUCAUGCUGCUGCGGGAAAAACUGGUGUAGCGGUUGCCCAGGUUGCUACUGCGGGAAGGAUUAUUGCUGGGACUGCUGCUGUUCCGGCUGCACUCAGGAGCCGAAGCAGGAAUACCAGGAGACCAAAGCCAGUGAGAUCUGUGUGGAUGCCGAUGCUCCUCCAAGCAGACCGUGCAGCCAGGCGUUCAGUCGCGCAAGCAGCCUCCAUUCCCUGCUUGGCGGCUACCAGACGCGGACUGGCCAGUACACGCAGUGCCGCAAGUACGCCUCCCCCAUCGUUCAGGUGAAGAUGACGUCUCCCCCCGACAGCGACGUGAGCGUCGUCCUGGCCCCCGAAAUCCCGUCUCCCCCCAGCUCGGAGCAAGGAGAUGUUUCUGAGCACUACUACCCUGCUAAAGGGAAGGAUGCUUAUCCCGCAGCAAUCGACUCCGUUCCUGGAUACGUCAAGGGGGAGAACUACAAAGGCUCCAGUCCGAGGCAUCAGAUCUACGCCGAGCCGCAGAAGUUCUCCACGCCUGCCUCGGAUCCCGGUUGCAUCCGCUGGCAGGAUGGAAACACCAGGCCCUACAAGGGCACCGUAGUCAUGAUGCGAUCUGCAAGCAAAGAAGGGCUUUUGAUAUGAGGCAGAUGCCGGGCAGAGGGGAGGGCGGUGGGACAGGGAAUGUUGACACACCACGGGUGCUGGGGAUAGAUGUUGCUGACUUCUCAUUCAGAGCUGGAGAUCAAACUCAUCAGCCGGCCUCCCAUCUUCAAGUAUGUCUACAAGUACCAGCUGCUGUAGGGAUCUGUCUGUGUGCCGCCGUCCCAUGUGGUGAAUCACAGAACUGCAGGUCGUGGGGUUCCCCAUCAAGAACCUUCUGGUACUGCUCUGAUUCUGCCCACCCAGGCUAGCUGUUGGAUCCUUCAGGGCAGGAAGCAGUGCAAAGAAGCUUCCUGUCCCAGCUGAGCCUUGAACAAUGAGGACCUCCUGAGCAUCCUUGGCUAUUCUUUGGUCUUGACAUCUGACUUCCUCCUCCAUUCCCUGAUUUGACCUUUGGCCAUGACCUCUGGCUUUCUCCUUGACCCCCAUCUCCUGAUUCAACCUUUGGUCCUCACCUCUGGCUUGCUCCUUGACCUCGUCUCCCGAUUUGACCUUUGCCCUUGACCUUUGGCUUGCUCCUUGACCCCGUCUCCUGAUUUGACCUUUGGCCUUGACCUUUGGCUUGCUCCUUGACCCCGUUUCCUCAUUUCCCCUUCUUUGGUCUUGAUUACUGGCUUGUCCUAUGACUUCUGGUUCCUGGCUCACCUUAGAUACUUGCCUACAGCUCAGUCCUGACAAUGUAUGGACUUCCACUCUGGCUGAAUAGGAAUGGGAAGAAGUAGUGGCUCCCCAUGAGAAUAAACCUUCUCUGACUGUUAGAGUGAGAGGGAGGCUAAUGCUCUUUUUUUUAAAGCCUUCAAAGUUUGCCCCUCUGCCUCAGCCCCAUUAUUGGCACCAUUGGAAUUAUCCUAAUAUAUUGGCCUCCUUUCCAUAGGAAGGUAUGCAUCCUGAAGUUCAACCCAAAAAGGGUUUUGCCUCCACCAUUGUCACCUUCCCCUCCCUUAGACCCAACCCAAACCAAAUUUGGGAGCAGGGAAGGCCGUGGCAGAGGGUUCCCAAGAACUCUACCAGAGCUUUUUCUCCUGGAGGCUCUUUUCCCUGUUGGAAACGAUGCAAAUAGCCCCCUUUUCUUGCUGAGGGUGAUGGGAAUGUGAAAGGCAGAGGUGGGGAAUCUCUGACCCACAAGGCCAUUUCCUCCCCCCACAAACUACACCCACGUACCCACUCCCGACAUCACUUUGAAAUCUGUCUGCAAGCAUUUUUUAUUGACGUCCCCUGUGAAGGGAUCUCAAAGCGAUGUCUCUUGGUGACCAUCAGCUGAUAAGCACUGAAAGGUCUCGCUUUCUGAAGUCCAGUUCCAAGCUGUUUUUAUCCAGUGCAAAUGGACUCCAAAGGUGAGCCUUUUUCAAGUUGUCAGCCAGCAUCAUCGUUAUUUCAGGUGAUUGGCAGGUGGCCAGCCCUUCCUAACUGUCAGAGUUGGCCCGCAAGGGGAGGGGAAGGGAGGAUCUGGCCUGCGGGCCACAUCUGGUACUCUUUCCCUGUUCUGGUACUGAUGCUAGUCUCCUCCUUACCCCAAACUAAGUCUCUGGACCUCUGGGGCAAGGGCAGGUUGGAGGCAACCCUGCUUGCCUGAGUUCCAGUAACGAGUCUUCUAAUGAGGGAGCUCGCUUUUGUAAGCACCCCCAAUUUAAGUGCUCAAAACAUUAUUACAGUGGACACUCGGGUUGCAAACGUGAUCCGUACGGGAUGCACCUUCACAACCCGCAACGUUCACAACCUAUGUCUGCGCAUUUGUGCACGCGCGGGUUGCGAUUUGGCGCUUCUGUGCAUGCGCGACCGCAUAAACCCGGAAGUAACCCGUUCCGGUACUUCCAGAUUUCGGCGGUCCACAUCCCAAAAAAACGCAACCUGAAGCGUCUGUAACCCGAGGUAUGACUGUAGUUGUAAGUAUUAUGACAAGACGAUGUAUGAGGAAUGCUUUCAUCCCGCAAAAGCGCCAUACAAAUGCUGAGUAUUAUUAGAGUUGGGCUUGUUAUUUUAGCAGCUUUUUUUGUUUUUGUUUUUAUGAAUGAAUGCUUCUCAGAAAACAAGAGCACAAUAUGAAACGAUAACAGUAUUAGUUAAACUACAGAAUGGCAUUUGUAGCAGUCCUGUUUUCCUAAGCACUCUUUCUACGGCCGUGGAAUACAAACUCUUCUAAUAGCCUGAUCCUUUUACAUAUUUACUCAAAAGCAAGUCCCACUCAAUUCAGUGGAGCUCGCUUUUGGGUAAAUGUUCAUAGAACAGUAUCCCAGCUGUGCAUAUGCCAUUCUAAAUCGGGGCAAGAAAUCAAUUUUUCAGGCUAAGGGCCACAUUUCCUCCCAGACAACCUUCUGAGGGCCAUGUGACUGUGGUGGGUGAAGCCAGAGGCAACUGUGGGGGGUUUGGGAGGGGGCAGGGACAAAUGUAAAACAGUAGGCUACUUUUUACAAACACACUAAGCUCACUCGCUUCUCCAUCCAUGCAAGUAAGAGGUAUUAUCAGGGUUCAAAGUCACAUUCCGCCCUGGCA